UUGGCUCCCGCCCCACGUAGCCAUUUUGCGUUUCCUGGACAAAAAAGGGGGUUAGGUAGAAAGACAAUCAGACACAUAAUAAAAUUAGUCUUCAAAUCAUACCGAGAAUCAAAAGUGCGGAUGUAACUGUGCAAUAUGAUAGGCGCGGGAGCGGGCGAGCAGGUACACCAGCCGCGGCCCGUAUUCAAAGAGGAAACCUCUGGCUAGCUGGCUAACGAACCGUUAGCGAAAGAGUGAGAUAAAGACUUCAUAGACACUAAAGUGCUGUACGGCGUUCAUAGUUAUCUUAUUAAACUCUUGAGCACGCUAGAAGGCGGACGUUGGUAGGAAUAUGGACCGUGUGUUGAUUUGAAGCGUCACAGCGGACAAAAACAGCAAACGCCACGGUUAUUUGCGGAGGACGCCGGAUAACCGUUUAUUCACGGGGGAUAAAGAACAGGAUCGCGGCACGCCACGGAGCCAGUCAUGCCUGCCAGUGUGCGUACUGGGACCCCAAAGGACUCAGAGGUGUCUGAACUCUUCUACAGGGAUGAUCCUGAGAAGCUCUUUACUGAUCUCCGCGAGAUCGGUCAUGGCAGCUUCGGAGCCGUGUACUUUGCUCAUGAUGUACGUUCCAACGAAGUGGUGGCCAUCAAGAAGAUGUCAUUCAGUGGCAAGCAGUCUAACGAGAAAUGGCAGGACAUCAUAAAGGAGGUGAAGUUCUUGCAGAAGCUCAGACACCCCAAUACCAUCGAAUACAAAGGGUGCUACCUCAGAGAGCACACAGCAUGGCUGGUGAUGGAAUACUGUCUAGGAUCAGCCUCUGAUCUUUUAGAGGUGCAUAAAAAGCCUCUGCAGGAGGUGGAAAUAGCUGCUAUUACCCACGGUGCACUUCAGGGCCUCGCCUACCUUCACUCUCAUAACAUGAUACACAGAGAUGUGAAGGCAGGUAAUAUUCUGCUAACUGAGCCAGGUCAGGUGAAGCUUGGAGAUUUUGGCUCUGCCUCAAUAGUUUCUCCUGCCAACUCUUUUGUGGGUACACCUUACUGGAUGGCCCCAGAAGUUAUUCUAGCCAUGGACGAGGGGCAGUAUGACGGGAAGGUGGACGUCUGGUCUCUUGGCAUCACCUGCAUCGAACUAGCUGAAAGGAAGCCACCCUUGUUCAAUAUGAAUGCUAUGAGUGCCUUAUACCACAUUGCGCAAAACGAAAGCCCUGUCCUGGCGUCAAACCACUGGUCGGACUACUUCCGUAACUUUGUGGACUCUUGUCUUCAAAAGAUCCCUCAGGACAGGCCUACCUCAGAUGUGCUGCUCAAUCACCAUUUCCUAUGCCGAGAGCGCCCCCAUUCUGUAGUGAUGGAUCUGAUCACGCGCACCAAAGACGCUGUGCGAGAGCUGGACAACCUGCAGUACAGGAAGAUGAAGAAGAUCCUGUUUCAGGAAACUCACAACGGCCCCACACAGGAAGGAGGAGAGGAGGAAGAGGAAGCAGAGCAGUACCUCUUGCAAACGGGCACAGUGAACAGUAUGGAGAGCUCUCAGUCUGUGCCCUCUAUGUCCAUCAGCGCCAGCUCCCAGAGCUCCUCAGUCAACAGCCUGGCCGAUGGCUCUGAUGACAGCGCUGAGAUGGCCAUGAUGCAGGAGGGAGAGCAGACGGUCACGUCCAACAGCUCCAUCAUUCACCGCCCCACUGCACGUGAUAAUAUUUACGACGAUCCAUAUCAGCCAGAGAUGGAGUCUCCUCAGCAGCCGUCCUCGGCCGCUCGGAGGAGGGUGCACCGAAACAGAGACCAUUUUGCCACUAUCCGCACAGCCUCUCUUGUGACGCGUCAGAUUCAGGAGCACGAACAGGGCUCAGCUUUGAGGGAGCAGAUGUCCGGAUACAAGCGCAUGAGGAGGCAACACCAGAAACAGCUGCUGGCUCUGGAGAACAAACUCAAGUCUGAGAUGGAUGAGCAUCAGCUCAGACUGGACAAAGAGCUGGAGACCCAGAGAAACAACUUUAGCAGUGAAGCCGACAAGUUGAGUAAGAAACAUCAGGCCAUCCUGGAAAAAGAGAUUAAAGCUGCACAGACAGAAGAGAAAAAAUUUCAGCAGCACAUUUUGAACCAGCAGAAGAAAGAACUCAACAGCCUGCUGGAUUCCCAGAAACGCCAGUACAGGCAACGAAAGGAGCAGCUCAAGGAGGAGCUGAGCGAGAACCAAUCCACACCGAAGCGAGAGAAGCAGGAAUGGUUGGUGAGGCAGAAAGAGUGUCUGCAGCAGAUUCAGGCUGAGGAAGAGGCUUCAUUAUUACGGCGACAGAGGCAGUAUUAUGAGUUGCAGUGCCGACAAUAUAAGAGAAAGAUGCUUCUGGUGCAACACAAUCUAGAGCAGGACCUGCUCAGAGAGGACUUAAAUAAACGUCAGACUCAGAAGGAUCUCGAGUGUGCUAUGUUGUUGAGACAUCACGAGUCCACUCAAGAGCUGGAGUUCAGGCAGCUGGGGUUGGUCCAGCGCACUCGGGCAGACCUGAUCCGUACACAGCACCAGAGUGAACUGGCCAAUCAGAUGGAGUAUAAUAAGCGGCGUGAGCAGGAACUCCGUCAGAAACACGCUGUGGAGGUCCGCCAGCAACCCAAGAGCUUAAAGACGAAAGAGCUCCAGAUCAAACGUCAGUUCCAAGACACCUGUAAGAUUCAGACACGACAAUACAAAGCCUUGCGCAACCACCUGCUGGAGACCACUCCCAAAUCAGAACAUAAGACUGUGCUGAAGAGACUCAAAGAGGAGCAAACACGUAAAUUGGCCAUCUUGGCCGAGCAGUACGACCAUUCCAUCAAAGACAUGCUGUCCACACAGGCUUUGCGAUUGGAUGAGACUCAGGAGGACGAGUACCGAGCGCUGCGCAUGCAGCUGCAGCAGGAAUUGGAGCUGCUGAAUGCUUAUCAGAGCAAAAUAAAGAUGCACACAGACACACAACAUGAGAGAGAGGUCAAAGACCUGGAGCAGAGGGUGUCUAUACGGAGAGCUCUCCUUGAGCAGAGGAUCGAGGAGGAGAUGUUAUCCCUGCAAAAUGAGCGCUCUGAGCGAAUCCGGGCUCUUCUGGAGCACCAAGCUCGAGAAAUUGAGUCCUUCGAUUCUGAAAGCAUGCGCCUGGGCUUUAGUAACAUGGCUUUGAGUGAUCCUGCUGAGGCAUACAAUCAGGGUUACCCCAACCCUUCAUCCGGACCCGGGGGCUGGCCGUCGCGUCCCGUGCCCCGCUCAGGCAGCCAGUGGAGCCACGGUGUCCAAAACUCAGUGGCACCGCCCUCUUGGCGAAUCCCUUGCUCUCCUCCUCCACCACCUCCUCCUCCGCCCAUCUCCUUUUCCUCCUCUUCUCCUCCAUCCUCCUCCUCCUCCUCUUCCUCUCAGAGUGGCUACGGAGGAAGGGGCGAGAGCUUGGCUGUGAGGGGCCCCAGCCUGAUGGCUUUGAGAAACAGUCCAGGGCCACUUCGGAGAACAGCCUCGGGCGGAGGUGCCGGCGGGUCGGGCGCUGAUGGAGGUUUGAGCCGCACGCCAGUGACGUCGCACAUCUCCAACGGAUCCCACCUCUCCUACUCUUAGAAGAUCAGGCAGGAAGUUCAGGUUUCGGGGAGAAAAGGCCUUCACGUAGCUCAUUCGGGAGUCCAACUUGGAGGCGUAGUGGAGAAACAGUAUUUAGAUGGGCACACCUUUACUUAAAAGAAGAUAGAUCUCAGGGUUUUGGGAUGCGGGAGGGCUCAGGGUUUAGAUCAGGAACAGGAAAUAUGAGAGAUGUACUGUAACAGGAGCAGCUAUGCUGUUGAGUGUGUAGGAGGGAAGAGAUGAAAAUAACAUAAGUGGUGCCAAUACUGUAGAUUGGGCUCAUCCUCAGCCGGUUCAUUUUAGUUUUAUUUUUAAACCGUCAGACAGAACCAUUGAAUUCUGCUCUUUCAUGUCCAGGGUUUUUU